UUUUUUUUGGGAGCAAAACAAAACUUCCACAAACUGAGGGGGCAGAAAUACAACGCACUUUUCUUUCUCUCUAUUUUCUCUUUUCUCUCCCUCGUCUCCAAAAAUUUUCACUCUUUUUCUCUUCCCGCUGUCCUUUCCCUCCCUUCACUUUCUUCCUUUCUAAAAUCAGUAAAAAUAACUGAAAUCCAUGGACUCACAGUCACAACCCAAGUGUCAAAUACUACAAUUUUGCAGCAGCGGGAUGAUUUGAAGUUUGUUGGAUAAGGGCUAGUGCUUUUCCUAUCUCAUUUCUUUCCUUUUUGAAGAUUUUGUUUCCGAACCUUUAUUUUUAAAUGUGUGAAGAUUUUGGAUGAUUUGUUGGACUUUGGUGAGAUAGGACCCGGUAAUUUGCUGCUGGUCUUCUAGCUAUAUUUUCCAUAAGCAAGUGUAUCUGGCUGGAUUUUUGGGUUUCAAAUGACCAUGGAAUGCAACAAAGAGGAGGCCUUCAGAGCAAAGGAACUUGCAGAAAAGAAAAUGCAAAAUGGGGAUUAUGUAGCUGCGCGGCAGAUUGCAUUGAAGGCACGGCAACUCUAUCCUGAUCUGGAUAACAUAUCCCAACUUCUAAUGGUCUGUGAGGUUCACUGUUCUGCACAAAACAAAUUAAAUGGGUCAGAAAUGGAUUGGUAUGGAAUUCUCCAAAUAGAAAAGUUUUCAGAUGAGGCUGUUAUUAAGAAGCAAUUUAGAAAGCUUGCACUCUCACUUCAUCCAGACAAGAAUAAGUUUUCUGGUGCUGAGGCUGCUUUUAAGCUGAUUGGCGAAGCCAACAGGGUGCUUACAGACCCAAGCAAACGUCCAGCAUACGAUAUGAAGUGUAGAGGUACGUUUAAACCGGUUGCACCAAAGCCACCAUCUGAGCAGUCAAAUAAGAACGUGUUUGUCAAGAAACAAAAUGGGGCUGCAAACAAGUUUUCUAAUGCUCCUCAGACACAAUACACAAGCUCACAUGCUAAUCAACAGCCAACUCAGCAAACAUUCUGGACAGUUUGUCCCUCCUGUAAUGUAAGGUUCCAAUAUUUCAGAGAUUUGCUAAAGAAACUGUUACGUUGCCAAAGUUGUCACCAUCCUUUUAUUGCUCAUGAGUUUAUGCCAUCUGGAUCCACCUGGAAUCAGUUCUUGAAUGAGAAAAGAGUUCCAAAUCAGGGUCCCUCUAAAAUUUUGCCACAGAAUUACGCUGGAAAGCCUUCUGGUAUGAGUUUUCCACAUAGGUUUUCAGGAUCAGAUCCAACGCCUCAUGUAGGAAAGGCAGCUGAUGUUGGUGGGAAUAAACCCAAAGAAGCGAAGGUAGAAAAUGCUACUGGAAUUGGUAGGGUUACUAUUCAACAAAGGAAAGUUAAUGGCCAUGUGGAUGUGAAAGCUGAGAAUGGAGGUGUUCCAGUUUCAAUGCCUGAUGCUAUGAAACCCAAAGAAUCAGGAAAAUCAGAAACUGCUACUAAUAAGAGAUGUCGGAAUUCAGUGGAGGAAUCCAGCAAGAAUUUUGACAAAGGAAGCAUAGUUGGCAGUGAAGAAAAUGUGGUUAGGGAGGAAAAUGGAGGUGAUCUUUCUGCUCAGAAUUCUGGAUCCAGUGUUGGCCAUCAGUCUAGGAGAUCUUUGAGGCAGAAGCAACACAUAUCUUACAAGGAUGAUUCUGAUGAGGAUGAUUUUGUUGCCCCCACUCCGAAAAGAUCAAGGGGGAACAGCUCAUCUAACGUGAAUGAUGUGCAGACAAAAGCAGGAAUUGUGGAUGGCGGGGUACCAAAAGAAGAUGUUUCAGCUGGUUCUGCUGCUUCUGUUUUGAAUAGAAACAGUAAAGCGGUCAAAUGCAAAGCCAAUUCCAAUUUUGAUGAAAGGCAAUCAAACCAGAAAAGAGAAAGUGGAGGUUCUAAGGCUGAAGGAGAGGAAGCAUCCAUGCCUGAGAGGGCAGGUACCAAGUCAGAGAAUGAUGAUGAAAGAUUGAAAACUGACACAUCUGAGUUGGAUCUAAAGCCAAAAAUCUUUGUAUGUGCUGAUGCAGAUUUCAGCAAUUUCGAAAAAGAAAGGGCUGAAGUCUCUUUUGCUGUUAAUCAAGUAUGGGCCAUUUAUGAUUCACAUGAUGGUAUGCCGAGAUUUUAUGCCCGGAUCCGAAAGAUAUUGAAACCUGGUUUCAAGCUGCGAAUCACUUGGCUAGAAUCAAUAGUAGAUAGCGAAGCUGAGCAACAGUGGUGUGAUGAGGGUUUGCCUGUUGGUUGUGGGAGCUAUGAAUAUGGAGAGACUGAAGAAACCGUAGAUCGUUUGAUGUUCUCUCAUAAAAUGGAUUGCACGAGUGGUGGACUCAGAGGUACUUUUUGUAUAUAUCCUAAGAAGGGGGAAACUUGGGCCCUCUUUAAGGAUUGGGAUGCAAAAUGGAGUUUGGAACCAGAGAAACAUAGGCCUCCUUACCAAUUUGAAUUUGUGGAGGUCUUGACAGAUUUUACCAAGGACACUGGUAUUGGAGUUGCUUAUUUGGGCAAAGUGAAGGGAUUUGUUAGCAUCUUUCAGCAAGCUAACUGUGAUGAGGUUUUAUCAUUUUUCAUACAGCCAAGUGAGCUGUACAGAUUUUCUCACCGUGUACCCUCGGUUAGAAUGUCUGGCAAGGAAGGAGAAGGUGUCCCUGCAUGUUCUUUUGAAUGUGAUACUGCUGCUCUGCCUAGCAAUUUAGUUACCCUGGUUGAUACUGAGAAUAUUCUUAAGAAUACCGACACUGGUCCUGGAAAAGGAACCUCCACACUUGGAAGCUCUCCAAGUGAAUCAAUUGGGAGAUGCAAGGAUGAUAAUCAAGGUGAUGCAUGCCAACAAGAAGGAGACAGUAAUAAAGUUGCAAGCCGUGGUAAGCUAACUCAAUCUUCAAUUAAUACUUAUUUUCAGGCCAGAGAAAAGAUUUUAACGGAUAAGAAACAGGAGGAAGGUAAAUUUGUAGCAGUUUCGUUGACUCCUAGAAGAUCUCCAAGAGAUUUGAGCAAGAGAAUUAAUCAAGUAAGUAGAAGUCAGUCCACAAUAGAAGACAUUAACAAGCAUAUGGAAAUAAACAGAGAUUGUAAAGAUGGGCAUCCAGGUGUUUCCUUGGGUCAACUUGAUGAUAAACUACACUUACAUAGGAAUGAUGGAAUAUUCGCCGGUCCCAUGAAGGGUCGAAGUUCUUCGGGUUGUAAAGUUAUAGAAGUUGACGGAUAUGAUUUCAGGAAGGAAAAAUCUGAGGAUAAAUUUCGAUCGGGACAGAUAUGGGCAGUGCACAGUGAUAAGGAUGGGCUACCUAGGAAUUAUGUUCAAGUAAAAAAGAUCGAAACUGAAACUGGCUUUAGACUGCAUGUGGCAAUGCUCGAAACCUGCACGCUCCAGAAAGACAGGAGGCAGCCUGCUUCUUGUGGGACAUUUAGAGUUAAAAAUGGUAAUUCUAAAGUGCUUCUGAUCAAUGCGUUCUCUCAUAAAGUUAAAGCAAAGUCAACGGGGAGGAAUACCUAUGAAAUUUUCCCUAGAAAAGGUGAGAUCUGGGCAGUAUACAAGAGCUGGCAUUCCGAGGUGUCGUGUUCAGAUCAGGGCACAGGGGAAUGUGACAUUGUUGAAGUGAUAGAAGAUAAUAGCAGGAGUGUGAAAGUUGUAGUUUUGAUGCCUGGUAAAGGACAGGACACACUUUACAUGUCUCCAACUUCGAAAAGAUUAAAAAGCAGUAUUAUGGAUAUACCUCGGACGGAGUUUGCCAGAUUUUCUCAUCAGUGUUUAGCUCACAAGCAUGCAGAAGAGAAUGAUAGUCGCUUGAGAGGCUAUUGGCAGCUUGACCCUCCCUCUAUUCCUGGCAAUGUCAUAUUAGUAGAAUGACUGGCAGAAAUAGAAUCGUACUGACGAUAUUGUUUCCUGUUUCUUUUCCUUUUUUUCUUUUUUCUUUUUUCGCUUUUUCUUCAUGGCUGUAUCUAAUUUAGGAAUGCAACCUACCAGAUUGCUUCCUGUGAAAAGCGGAAUGAAGUUAGCAGAAGCUUGACUAGACAUCUUUGCUUCUUUAUGAUUUUCUUGCCUUUUCUUAAAUAUUAUACAUUUAUGUUUUUUU